GUUCCAGCCGCUUCCUUUAAAAAUCUGUGAAAUGUUCUCAUUCCAAUCCAUCUAUCUUACAUUACAUUCUACCUCACUACAAUAAUAGAUACAACAGCGUAAUUGUUGUAGUUGCAGCGAUCGACAAGGUGAAGUCUCUUGAUCUCAUCUCGAUUCCAGGAGUACUAAUUGCAGCUGCAGCAAAAGAUGCAUAAUACUCAAGUGGCACCCGUUCACGCCCAUGCUUACGACAAAAAUCCACUCGACCCCCACAACGUGCGUCUCCAAACUGGCGAAGAUGAACAGCGUGAGAAGAAGUCUGUAUUAAAGAAGGUGAAGGACAAGGCAAAGAAGAUAACAGACAGACUCGGUAUUAAAAAGCAUGGCCGACGCGGCCAUGACGCCAAAGAUGACGAUCACAUUCGUCCCGACCAUGAUGAGGGCUACGACGAAGACGAAGAGGAGGAGGAGGAGGAGGACACUGAUGAACAAAUUGAACAAGACCCCGAAAUUCAUAGAGCACCCAUCUAUGAGUCAACAACGGCUCGGGCCGGAGAAGUUGGGGCUGCUUCUGCUUUAGGGCAGUCGCGGGUGAAUUUGGGUGCUACGAGUGGGCAGUUACCACCCUUGGAAAAGGACUCUCCUGCUCCUCCAAAGGACCGAGAUGUUGCAUCCCAUCCUGCUCCAAACUAUCAGAACAAUGCUACCGAUCCAAUAGCCGCAGGAGGACAGGAAACAGGGGUCGAACCCAUCCUCGGGUCGGUUGGGAAUAUGAAAGACUCUAAACAGGUUGAACCACAGGCGUGGUCUUAUAAGGGAAAUGAGCAUCAUCAGUCCUCCCGAGAUUUGCCUCCCAGUCACAUUGAUACAGCCUCAGGGAAUCUCCAGUCGGUGCCUGAUACCGAAGCUGUAGUUCACUCUCAAGUAGAGGAAGGAAAACCAACAAAUCAGCCCAGCCAUACUGAGAAAAUUUCUUCCGCAACCUCUGCAAUCGCCGAGAAAGCAAUCUCUGCAAAGAACGUAGUUGCGUCAAAGCUUGGCUAUGGUGGAAAUGAAGGGGAGGUGGUUCAUGAAACACCUGAAGGUGGGGACUCGACUAAGUCGACGCCGGUUGGUGAAUAUAGCAAGAAAAUUGCAGCGGCGGUGACGGAGACGCUAGCUCCAGUGUAUGAUAAAGUUGCGGAGGCAGGAAGCGUGGUGGUAUCGAAGAUGCAAGGGAUGGGUACGGAGUCAGAAGGUGGAGGCGUCAGUAGUGCGGAUAAAGGAGUUUCUAUGAAGGAGGAUUUGACGGUGCAGUCGAGACCUGGUGAGGAAGAGGCAGAGAAGGCAUCACCGCCUCGAGGAAGAGUGACAGAGUCAGAGGAGGUGAAAACUCGUUUGGGCUCCGACGAAGAAUGCUGCGCAAUAGGUAAUCUCUGAGGAUUACGGAAUGGACUCUUGCAGGUUUAAUAUACGACUCUUCAAUUUGAGUUUGCCAUGAAUCAAAAUCAAAAUUAAAAUUGUGUAACGAUGUAAUCUAUUAAUACUAUCUUUUUAUAUUCAAA